AUGUCCCAUCUGCAGCAGUCGUUGAGCGCAUCCAGCGUCGCCGAGACGCUCGCCACCUACGACGAAUGGGCCGGCGCGUACGAUGCCGACGUCCAGUCGCAGGGCUACAUCGCGCCCGAGCUCGCGAGUGAAUACGUCGCGCGAUACCUCAGCAGCAGCGGCGCAAGCAUGGCCGACGCCAGGAUCCUCGACGCCGGGUGCGGCACCGGGCUUGUGGGCCAGCACCUGGCGCGGCGUGGCGCGAGGCACAUUGACGGCGUGGACCUCAGCCCGCGCAUGCUGGACGUGGCCCGGCGGCACGCGGGCGUGUACGAGGCACUCACCGCGGCGGAUCUGGGCCAGCGGCUGGAUGUCGCGUCCGGGUCGUACGAUGUGCUGACGUGCGUGGGGACACUGACGCAGGGCCACGUCGGGCCCGACGCCCUGGACGAGCUGCGGCGCGUGGUCAAGGUGGGCGGGCUCAUGGUGAUGACGGUGCGGGACUCGGUGUGGAGGAGGAACGGGUACGAGGACAAGGUAAAGAACUUCAUUGCCGAGGGAAAGGCGCGUCUGAUGACGGACGACUUUGAGGUGCGGAGGGUCGCCAAGGAUGUGGAUUUGGUGUACGUGACGCUUCAGGUGCUGUAG